ACCGCCGGCGCGGGUCGGGGCGCAGCCGACACGUUUCGGGGUGGCCGUGGGAGCGUUGUGCGUGCCGGGACCACCGGCCGCCCCUGGCUCCCGAGCCGUUGAGCGCGAUUCCCUCUCAGGCGGGAGGCUCUGGCAGCUCACGGGUGCUGCCCGCUGCUGUUUGCACCGUGCGUGUGUGCGGCCGGUACCGUCCCCUCCUCACCUGCCCCCUCCCCGGCGCCGGCCCAGGCCGCCCCGCCCGCCCCCCGCCCCGUCCCCGCGGCCGCCGCCGCUGUUGCCGAGAGACCGAGGGCGGCCGCCGCCGCCGGGCGGGCCCCGCCGCCCCGAUCCGCCGCGGGAGGACGGCGUGCGAGGCCGGCACACACCGUUACACCUCACACACCCGCGGCGGCCGGGACCGGCCCCCGCCGACCGCGCCAUGAAGGCAGAUGCUGGCGGAGGUUUCAUGAUUAUAGAUAACAAAAGUUAACGUCAGGAUGCUAAAAAGGAAACAGAGUUCAAGGGUGGAAGCCCAGCCAGUUACAGAUUUUGGUCCUGAUGAAUCUUUAUCAGACAAUGCAGAUAUUCUGUGGAUUAACAAACCAUGGGUACACUCUUUACUACGCAUCUGUGCGAUCAUCAGUGUUAUUUCGGUUUGUAUGAACACUCCAAAGACCUUCGAGCAUUAUCCUCCUCUCCAAUAUGUGACAUUUGCUCUUGAUACUCUAUUGAUGUUUCUUUACACUGCAGAGAUGAUAGCAAAAAUGCAUAUCCGUGGGAUAGUUAAGGGUGAUAGCUCCUAUGUAAAGGAUCGUUGGUGUGUGUUUGAUGGAUUCAUGGUCUUCUGUCUUUGGGUGUCACUGGUUUUACAGGUGUUUGAAAUUGCUGAAAUAGUUGACCAGAUGUCACCUUGGGGCAUGUUACGGAUUCCACGACCACUCAUUAUGAUUCGAGCAUUCCGGAUAUAUUUUCGUUUUGAGCUGCCAAGAACUAGGAUAACAAAUAUCUUGAAGCGUUCCGGAGAGCAAAUCUGGAGCGUUUCAAUUUUCCUUCUGUUCUUUCUCCUCCUGUAUGGGAUCCUGGGAGUGCAGAUGUUUGGAACUUUUACAUACCAUUGCGUGACUGAUGACACGCAGCCAGGAAAUGUAACCUGGAAUAAUUUAGCUAUCCCAGACACCCACUGUUCCAGAGAGCUGGAAGAAGGUUAUCAGUGCCCACCUGGAUUUAAAUGCAUGGACCUUGAAGAUCUGGGACUAAGCAGGCAAGAGCUGGGCUACAGUGGCUUUAAUGAGAUAGGCACAAGCAUAUUUACUGUUUACGAAGCUGCUUCUCAGGAAGGCUGGGUGUUCCUUAUGUACCGAGCAAUCGACAGUUUUCCCCGAUGGCGUUCAUAUUUCUAUUUCAUCACAUUAAUUUUCUUUCUGGCCUGGCUUGUUAAGAAUGUUUUCAUCGCAGUCAUCAUUGAAACAUUUGCAGAAAUUAGAGUGCAGUUCCAGCAGAUGUGGGGGUCCAGGAGCAGUACUACUUCAACUGCCACCACCCAGAUGUUUCAUGAAGAUGCUGCUGGAGGUUGGCAGCUUGUGGCUGUUGAUGUGAAUAAACCCCAGGGCAGAGCUCCUGCAUGUCUACAGAAAAUGAUGAGGUCAUCUGUGUUCCAUAUGUUCAUACUAAGCAUGGUGGCUGUAGAUGUGAUUGUCGCUGCUAGUAACUACUACAAAGGAGAAAACUUCAAGAGACAAUACGAUGAAUUUUACCUAGCUGAGGUUGCUUUUACAGUUCUGUUUGAUUUAGAAGCUCUCCUGAAGAUCUGGUGUUUGGGUUUCACAGGAUACAUCAGCUCAUCUCUUCACAAGUUUGAGUUGCUGCUUGUAAUCGGAACCACUCUACAUAUUUAUCCUGACCUCUAUCACUCUCAGUUUACAUAUUUUCAGGUUCUUAGAGUAGUUCGGCUUAUAAAGAUUUCUCCUGCUUUAGAAGACUUUGUUUAUAAGAUAUUUGGACCAGGAAAAAAACUUGGGAGUUUGGUGGUGUUUACUGCCAGCCUUUUAAUUGUAAUGUCAGCAAUCAGUUUACAGAUGUUUUGCUUUGUGGAAGAACUGGAUAGAUUUACAACCUUCCCACGGGCAUUCAUGUCAAUGUUUCAGAUUCUCACACAGGAAGGAUGGGUGGAUGUAAUGGAUCAGACACUGAAUGCUGUAGGACAUAUGUGGGCACCAGUAGUUGCUAUUUAUUUUAUACUAUAUCAUCUUUUUGCUACUCUGAUUCUACUUAGUUUGUUUGUUGCUGUUAUUUUGGACAACUUGGAACUUGAUGAAGACCUGAAGAAACUUAAACAACUAAAGCAAAGUGAAGCAAAUGCAGAUACAAAGGAGAAGCUUCCAUUGCGUCUACGCAUCUUUGAAAAAUUUCCGAACAGGCCACAAAUGGUGAAAAUCUCCAAGCUUCCUUCAGAUUUCACAGUUCCAAAAAUAAGGGAAAGUUUUAUGAAGCAGUUUAUUGAUCGCCAGCAACAAGAUACCAGCUGUUUGCUUCGAAGACUUCCCUCAGCAUCUUCUUCCUCUUGUGACCACUCUAAAAGAUCAGCAAUUGAAGAAAACAAAUAUAUUGAUCAAAAGCUCCGUAAAUCUGUUUUCAGCAUCAGAGCAAGAAACCUUCUAGAAAAAGAGACAGCAAUCAAUAAAAUUCUAAGGGCCUGCACUAGACAACGCAUGCUGAGUGGAUCCUUUGAGGGGCAGCCUGCAAAGGAAAGGUCAAUACUUAGUGUCCAGCAUCACAUACGACAAGAACGCAGGUCACUGAGACAUGGUUCCAACAGCCAGCGAAUCAGCAGAGGAAAAUCUCUUGAAACGUUGACUCAAGAUCAUUCCAACACAGUGAGAUACAGAAAUGCACAGAGAGAAGACAGUGAGAUAAAGAUGAUUCAAGAAAAAAAAGAACAAGCUGAAAUGAAAAGGAAAGUCCAAGAAGAGGAACUGCGAGAGAAUCAUCCAUAUUUUGAUAAACCACUUUUCAUAGUUGGUCGUGAACAUAGAUUCAGGAAUUUCUGCCGAGUGGUAGUACGAGCUCGCUUUAAUGCUUCUAAAACAGAUCCUGUUACUGGAGCUGUGAAAAAUACCAAAUACCAUCAGCUUUAUGACUUGCUGGGUUUGGUUACUUACCUGGACUGGGUCAUGAUCAUUGUUACUAUAUGCUCCUGCAUUUCCAUGAUGUUCGAAUCCCCCUUUAGAAGAGUUAUGCAUGCUCCAACACUCCAGAUUGCUGAAUAUGUGUUUGUAAUAUUCAUGAGCAUUGAGCUUAAUCUGAAGAUUAUGGCAGAUGGCUUGUUUUUUACGCCAACAGCUGUGAUUAGGGACUUUGGAGGAGUUAUGGACAUAUUUAUAUAUCUUGUGAGUUUGAUAUUCCUGUGCUGGAUGCCCCAGAAUGUCCCUGCCAAAUCUGGAGCUCAGCUCUUAAUGGUACUUCGCUGCCUCCGGCCUCUUCGAAUUUUCAAACUGGUCCCUCAGAUGAGGAAAGUGGUGCGAGAGCUGUUCAGUGGCUUUAAGGAAAUCUUUUUGGUUUCUAUUCUUUUGCUGACAUUAAUGCUUGUUUUUGCAAGCUUUGGGGUGCAGCUCUUUGCUGGAAAACUGGCUAAAUGCAAUGAUCCACACAUCAUCUCUAGGGAAGAUUGUCAUGGCAUCUUCAGAAUAAAUGUAAGUGUUUCCAAAAAUCUCAAUUUAAAGUUAAGACCUGGAGAGAAAAAGCCUGGAUUUUGGGUGCCACGGGUCUGGGCAAAUCCUCGGAAUUUUAAUUUUGACAAUGUGGGGAAUGCAAUGCUGGCACUAUUCGAAGUUCUUUCAUUGAAAGGCUGGGUGGAAGUCAGAGAUGUUAUUAUUCAUCGCGUUGGGCCGAUCCAUGGAAUCUACAUUCAUGUUUUUGUAUUCCUUGGCUGCAUGAUUGGACUGACCCUUUUCGUUGGGGUUGUCAUCGCUAAUUUCAAUGAAAACAAGGGGACAGCUUUACUGACUGUAGAUCAGAGAAGAUGGGAAGAUCUGAAAAGCAGACUGAAGAUAGCACAACCUCUUCAUCUCCCACCUCGUCCGGAUAACGAUGGCUUUAGAGCUAAGAUGUAUGAUAUAACUCAGCAUCCAUUUUUUAAGAGAACUAUUGCUGUACUUGUUCUGGCUCAGUCUGUGUUGUUAUCAGUUAAGUGGGAUGCUUCAGAUCCAGUGACUGUGCCUUUAGCAACAAUGUCUGUUGUUUUCACCUUCAUUUUUGUCCUUGAGGUCACAAUGAAGAUUAUUGCCAUGUCACCUUCUGGCUUCUGGCAAAGCAGAAGAAAUCGGUACGAUCUCUUGGUGACAUCUCUUGGAGUUAUAUGGGUGAUACUUCACUUUGCCUUACUGAAUGCAUACACUUACAUGAUGGGGGCAUGCGUAAUUGUCUUCAGGUUUUUCUCAAUUUGUGGGAAGCAUGUGACACUAAAAAUGCUACUCCUGACUGUGGUUGUCAGCAUGUACAAGAGCUUCUUCAUCAUAGUGGGAAUGUUCUUACUGCUUCUUUGUUAUGCUUUUGCUGGAGUGGUUUUAUUUGGUACAGUGAAAUACGGGGAGAACAUUAACAGACAUGCAAAUUUUUCAUCAGCUGGCAAGGCUAUUACUGUGCUCUUCAGAAUAGUUACUGGAGAAGACUGGAACAAAAUUAUGCAUGACUGCAUGGUUCAGCCUCCAUUUUGUACGCCAGAUAACAGCACCUACUGGAAAACAGACUGUGGAAAUUAUGCUGGUGCUCUUAUGUAUUUCUGUUCAUUUUAUGUCAUCAUUGCAUACAUCAUGCUAAAUUUGCUUGUUGCUAUCAUUGUGGAGAAUUUCUCAUUGUUUUACUCAACUGAAGAAGACCAACUUUUAAGCUAUAAUGAUCUUAGGCAUUUUCAAAUUAUAUGGAACAUGGUUGAUGACAAAAGAGAGGGAGUAAUCCCUACCUUCCGAGUGAAAUUUCUGCUGAGGCUUUUGCGAGGCAGGCUGGAGGUGGAUCUUGACAAGGACAAGCUGCUGUUCAAGCACAUGUGCUACGAAAUGGAGCGGCUCCAUAAUGGUGGUGAUGUCACUUUCCAUGACGUGCUCAGCAUGCUUUCAUAUAGGUCUGUUGAUAUCAGAAAAAGUCUUCAACUGGAAGAGCUGCUUGCUAGGGAGCAACUGGAAUAUACCAUAGAAGAGGAGGUGGCUAAACAGACCAUACGCAUGUGGCUAAAGAAGUGCUUAAAGCGAAUCAGAGCAAAACAACAGCAGUCAUGCAGCAUUAUCCAUAGUCUACGAGAGAGUCAACAGCAGGAGUUGAGCCGGUUUCUGAAUCCUCCCAGCAUUGAGACAACACAGCCAAGCGAAGAUAUGAAUGCUCUUAAUCAGGAUAAUAGUGCACAGCCAGAGACAAGUAGCCAGCAGCAGCUACUAAGCCCAACACUUUCUGACAGAGGUGGCUAUCGACAAGACUCUGCAGAUGCUGGGAAACCUCAGCGGAAAUUUGGACAAUGGCGUUUGCCAUCAGCAGUUACCAGUUUCAUCAUUUUGCCAGCAGGACAAUGCAUCCCCCAAACCAAUAAGCCAUUCAGUGUCUUCAGUCAACCUCCGCUUUGGUGGGCGCUCAACUAUGAAAUCUGUUGCAUGCAAAAUGAAUCCCAUGUCUGAUGCUGCUUCUUGUGGAUCCGAAGUCAAGAAAUGGUGGACAAGGCAAUUAACUGUGGAGAGUGAUGAGAGUGGAGAGGACCUUCUUGAUAUCUGAGAAAAAUUUAAGUCAUACUACAACAACAACCACUUCAAGUACAAACUACUUUUCUAUGUUUAGAAUUGAAGAUGCUGUGUGAUGUACAAUUUCUUUGAAGUCAAUGUCAUAAAUUUUUUCAGAUGCUUAUCUUUCUGCCAUAUGAAGCAUAGCACACAUUUACUAACUGUACUCCAAGAAACCUGUAUACAAUAGCAGUACUAACAAAACCAGAGAGAAUAUAUUACCUUUAGCAGACAGAGCAUUUAAAGAUUUCAGAUGUUCUGUAGCUACAUAAUGAAAAUGUAUUUUGAUACACAUACCUCUGUGUUUUUCUUCAACCUAUACCAUACUUUGAAGUGGGAACACUUUACAGGUGUAAUGUAUUUCUUCUUUUUGUGUUUUCCCUCAGUUCUUAUUUAGUAACAUUUCUUUAGAAAGAUUUUAUUAUUCACAAAUGACCUGAAGAGGUCAGCACUGACUUCAUGUUCAAGGAAAUUAUUUUUACAAAGUACAGAUUCUGAAUUACAAUUCCAAGCUUUUUCUGGACCUUUUUUAAAAUACGCAAGAUACAGGAUGACUCAUUUUAAAAUCAGAAGGUGAAGGAUUGGCUUUUAAAAUGUAAAUAUCUUUGGGUUUUGGUUAAUUAUGCAAAGAGCUUGAUUUUCAUAGAGAAAAGGGGGGGGGGGAGAAAAAAAAAGACAUGAAAACUGUGCAUUUAUGAUUCCAGCAAAAGACCUCCAUGUGAAAAACAUGGUUCAUGCUUCAUUUUCAGACUAGACUGGUUACAUAUAUGUAUGGUGUCGUUAUUCUCUUAAUUGGGUCCCACUUUCUUGCAUAGUCAUAAGAUAACUUUCUUCUUGUCUGUGUGAUAAAAAUUAGCAUGUUGGGGGUUCUAAUUACAGAGUAGUAUUGUAUGGCUUUUAAAAUACAGUUCAGUUUUGCCUGUACAGGUAGAAGUGAAUUUUACUUACCCGUGUUACUACUCAUGCUAUAGCCCUGCGAAGCUAAGGUAUGACACUGUACUGUGGUUAAGUACCUUUGCCCCUUUUAUCCCGAUGCGUAAUAUUUUUACAUGUUAGCCUUCUGUUACUUUAUGAAGCACCAGUAGUGCUGUAUUAUCGCUGGUGAAAAGCAGCUGUCCCUUUCAUAAAUGUUUUUUCCAGUAAAAGGCCAAUGCUAUACGGAUAUGGAGGUAGAGAAGAAAAGCCACAAAAUGCAGCAAAGUUUGUCAGUUUCAGAACUUAAGCCUGUCUAAAAAAAUGUGGGGUAAAAAUGUACCCUUCCCUCAGGGAAGAAAUAAGAGGUUGCAGAUUUUGUAGCUAACCAACUGGGUUUUUUAGCAUAGCUGGGACCUUUCUGUCACCAUUGUUUCCUAUGGAAAUUAUUGGUUGCUCUAACAUGGCCUGAUGUGAGAUCUUGUAAGAGGCUCACAGUUAAUAUACAUCAUCACUUAAAAAAUAUAUCCUUUAAAAAGCAAGAAAAAGCUAGUGCUUUGCAAUGUUUUCUGGCCAAAAUAUUAAUGAGGAGCGGUCAGAAUACAGCAUUGUUUUUACAGAUACCUUCACCAUAAAUGCAAAAUUAAUUUGGGCCAUAAAAUACAGUUUUCUUGGCAUCUAUCAAUGUUUUUUCCUUGUGUAUGGUUGAACCUGGUUUAGGGCUUUUUUGAAAAUAAUCAUAUUGAACACAUCUGUAUUUUGUGGUUUCUUUAUGUGUUUUGGUAUAUAUUUAAGUUUAAAUCUGGUCUACUGUAACUCUAUAGUAACAGAACAUGUGCAUUCUCUUGUUUAUGAGAUGAACCAUCAACAAAACUUCAUAUGAAAGUCCAUUCUUUGGGGUUCUGUUUUGUGCUUGUUUAAGUUGAGCUUUUGUAUAUAUGACAAAAAGAGAAAUAUUUGAUUUAUAAAGGAUAGUAUCUUUAAAAGUUCAAUAAUACGUUGAACUGCAGAUCUUUCUGAAUCAUUGUUGCUGCAAAUCUUCUUUUUAAAAAAUCUGGCAAACAUUUUUUCCUUGCCUUACAGUACUCUGUCAAUAAAAGUGAGUUGCUUUAAGCAAUA